AUAUGUAGUAUGGACUCAUAUUGUUAUACUUAGGCUGCUGUAUGUUAUGUCCACAUGGACAGUAUGCCUGCUUGUGUCAUGUCAGCAUACACAGUGCUGACAUGGCCAUUAUGUUGACAUUGUGCAUGUGACUGUCGGCAUGUGUUUAAGUCCUUACCCUGACCCUAGGCCCACACCUCCCAAACGUCCCGAUUUUAGCGGGGCAGUCCCACUUUUCAGGCACUGUCUCGCUGUCCCACCCACAGACCACAGUGUCCCGGCGGCGCCAGGCAGAGGUUGGGGGCACUGUGUAACAAAGCAGCGGUGAUGGGUGACGCGCACAACAUCUACCCUGUGUCGGCAGAGGCUGGGGGCUGUCCCAGUGUGAUGAGAAUGUUUUACAGCAGGGGACGUGGCCUCGCCGACACAAUGCCACGCCUCCUCUCACGCCAAAGGUAUACCGUAAUGGGAUCCUAAAUUGUUGAAUGGCGGCUCGUCGUGUCCUGAGGGCUGUGCUGGUGGAUCUCAGUGGCACUCUCCAUAUUGAGGAUACCGCUGUUCCUGGGGCUCAGGAGGCACUGAGAAGGUUGCGGGAUGCUCCUGUUGUGAUACGCUUUGUCACGAACACCACCAAGGAGUGUAAGAGGACCCUGCUGGAGAGACUCCGGAGGCUGCACUUUGAUAUAGAUGAGGACGAGAUCUUCACCUCUCUGACCGCAGCGAGGAACCUGGUUGAGCAGAGCAGCGUCCGGCCCAUGCUGCUGGUAGAUGAUAGUGCACUCCCUGAUUUUCAAGGAAUAGCCACCGACAAUCCCAACGCAGUGCUGAUAGGAUUAGCUCCAGAACACUUCAACUACCAAACCAUGAAUAAGGCCUUCAGGCUGGUGCUGGAUGGGGCUCCCAUCAUCGCCAUCCACAAGGCCAGGUACUACAAGAGGAAAGAUGGACUAGCGCUGGGUCCCGGUCCGUUUGUCACAGGCUUGGAAUAUGCCACGGACACGAAAGCCACGGUGGUGGGGAAGCCAGAGAGGACGUUUUUCCUGGAAGCCCUGAGAGGUACCGGCUGCAGCACGGAGGAAUCCGUCAUGAUCGGGGAUGACUGCCGCGAUGACGUUGGAGGGGCGCAGAACACUGGCAUGUUGGGGAUACUAGUAAAGACUGGAAAAUACAGAGAAGGAGAUGAAGCCAAAAUCACACCCGCCCCUUAUCUGACCUGUGACAGCUUUCCCCAGGCCGUGGAACACAUCCUGAAGAAUCUCCUAUAACAGCACAUAUUCCUCCACCAUUAACAAUCAAUAUAUAUAUCAAUCAAUAUAUAUCUUCACAAUGAUGUCACAAGUGGGAGGGGCCAAAUAAAUGGACGUAGUGUGUCUGAGAUAGCUGCUUUAUUCAGAUUUCCUCAUUACCCCAGUAAGGGCUUAGGUACAGGCAUGUCCAAACUGCGGCCCUCCAGCUGUUGUGAAACUACAUAUCCCAGCAUGCCCUAACACAGUUUUGCUGUCAGUGAAUGCUAAAGCUGUGUCAGGGCAUGCUGGGAUGUGUAGUUUCUAAACAGCUGGAGGGCCGCAGUUUGGACAUGCCUGGCUUAGGAGGUCUAUGUACCAAGCCGUGGACAGAGAUAAAGUACCAGCCAAUCAGCUCCCAGCUGUCAUGUUACAGGCUGUGUUUGAAAAAUGACAGUUAGGAGCUGAUUGGCUGGUACAUUAUCUCGGUCCACUUUAUCUGUCUCCAAGGCUUAGUACAUAGAUCCCUAAGUUCCUAAAAAAAAAAUCACAUACAGUAUUAAGACAUUUACCAUACAUUAAACACUAACAGAUAACAUAGUUGUUAGUGGGUGAGGGGGCGCUAGUUUUGCCACCCCCACUCGCCCCCUGCUCUUUUGCAUCGCGGCCAGGGUUGGGUAAGGUAGAUCUUUCCUACUGGAGGAUAUUGCUAAUCACAUCAUAUAAGGACUCUGGUUCCAAGUGGCUCAUUUGUAUCAUCUUACGGAUUUGAAAUGCAGCAAGUAUCUUGUGACCGUUGUACUGUUCCAACCGCCAGCGGCACUGGGAAAUCCAGUCAUGUGGUACCAGAUCCCCUGCCCCCACUCCCCAGCCUGAUGCACCAGGAAAAAAUAAUAAACUUUUAGUAAUUUAAAAAUAGUCCAUACAGUGCAAAAUAUGGCUAAAUAAAUGUAACGUGUCACAA